AUGAUAUAUCCCAUUAAAUAUAUCUUUAUUUCUGCAGUACUUUUUGUUAUAGUACGAAAUGAAUAUCACUUUCAAAAGAAUAACAAUGUCAACCAAUUAAGGAACAUGAUUGAUAAUGAAAAAUUAUAUGAGGAUUUAAUAGAAUUAGAAAGAUUGAUAAUACAAUCAUUGGAAUUAGAUGAAUUAAAAUUACCAUUAUUAAAACCUGAAGUGGUUGUUACACUAAAUUUAUAUAACUUUAAAAAAAUAAGAGUUACUUCUGGUUCUAAUGAAGUAUAUGAUUAUAUUAUACCUACCUCCAAAGCUGAUGUUGGAGAUUUAGUGACAUAUGAACAUAUAACAAGAAAACAGCUAAUAGAAUCUUAUAAUAAUGAAAAUUCUGCUCUUAUUAAAAAAAAAAAUAUAAUUGUGAGGACUUUAAAAAUAAUAAAAUGUAUGUUAUUACCAAUCAUUUUUUAUAAAAAGACAAAAAAAUUAAAAGAUUCACUAAUGCAAUUGAACAAUCUUUUUUAUAGCUAUGCAAACUCAAAAGAAACCGAUAAUUUAUUUUCUCAAGCUAAUUCUAGAAUAUGGUUACAUAAAACUAUUAGUCUAACUUAUAGAAAUAUCAAAAAGAAAUUUUUUUUACCCAAUGCAUUAGAAAAUAUUAAUUUAGAUAUACUAAAUUCCAAUGAUUUAUAUUUUACGUCUAACUCAAAUAUCAAAUUUAUGAAAAAAUUAGAUAAAUUGUGUGAUUACUAUAACUUAGGAAUGUUUAAUAUAAUUGGUUCUCAUUUUAUAGCCUUAGGACAUUUCAUAAUUUUAAAAUUAGCAUUUAAACUCUUUUAUGAAUAUUUUGAAAUAGGGAAAGUAAAAUUUUUUAGUUGGCAGAAAAUUUUACAACUUAACAUAUCAGAUAGAUUUAAAGCACUAGAUUUAAUUUGUAAUAAUAAUUCUAAUUAUGAAACAAACAAAAAAAGAAGAGAACAAUAUUUAAAAGAUUAUAGAACAUCAACACUAGAAGAAUGUAGAAUAUUAGAAUUUUUAACUCAUUAUUUUAAUAAAUACCAAAUGGAGUUGUAUACUAAUGCUUAUCAAAUAAAUCUUAAGGUUCAAGUUUUAUUAGAACAUAUUCACUUAAAAGAAGAAUUUUUCAAGUAUAUGUGUAAUAAUGAAGAGAAUUGCAAUAUAUAUGAUAGUUAUAAAUUCAAAAGUGAAUUUAGGAUAGAUACACUCACAAAUAAAGAUAAAUAUAAUUUUUCAGAAUAUCUUAUUUCUAAAUCCUCAAGGAUAAAUUCAUUCAAUAUAUAUAUAAAUUUUUUAUAUUUUAUAAAAUAUUAUAGUUAUUUUAAUUAUAAAGGUAUUUUGUAUGUUCAUCUUUUAAAUCUUAUUGGAAUUUUAACAAGUGAAAGUAAGGCAUAUGUAAGUUCUCUUUAUCUACCUGGAUAUUAUAAUGCCAUUCAGCUAUCGUAUGAUAACAAAACUAACCUUCUAGAGCUCUAUGAAAAUAUACAAAAAUGUGUUAAGGCAUGCCAUAUGAAGGAUAGAAGAUACAAAGUAUUAUCUUACGACAUUGAUUAUCUUUUAAAUUAUACAAGAAGUAGUAUAGAGAUAUGUAAUAUAUGUGAAGGAACACUUUUUUAUAUUAGCAGUCAAAAUGAAGGUAAACCUUCAAUGUUACAAAAAUUUUUUACAUAUGUUACUAAGGUUGUUAAAGUAAAUAAUAUAAAUAUAUUAAUAAAAAAUAUGAACAUUUAUGAAGAUUAUAAUAAUUUUUUGGCACAUGAUGUAAAUUGGUAUACUUUUCUUUUAUUAUUUAGACUGAGUUCAUACAAAGACAUUAUUAAUAAUAACAUAGCAGGAGCUAUGUAUAUAAGUUUAAAAAAAGAAGAUAAGUUUAAAAGAUCUAUUACUACAAGUUAUUGGUUUCCCUCACCAAUAAGGAAAUAUUAUUCUCAAUAUGUGAGAAAACAUAAAUCUUUGAGCUUAUUACAAAAAUUAGUAAUCUUUUUAAAUAAUGAUACUAUUGAGAAAAUAAAGAAAUGUAUAACAUUCAUUGUUCAUUUGCAUUCAUUUUUGCAAUUAGAUUUUUUUUAUUAUCUUAUUGAGACCAAUACGAAAAAUUAUGUUUUUCCUUUAACUUUAUUAAUGGAAAGUAAGUUCAGAGAUUGGACAAAAAGUUUAAGAUUAGGUCGUUUCUUUUUAGAUUAUGAAAACGAAGAUGAAGGAAUUAAGAAAGGAGAGUAUGUAAUACCUAAAUAUAGGAAAUGGAUUUUGAUAAUGAAAAAAUUUAUAGAUAAAUCAUAUGAAAUAUAUUUUAAUCAGAAAAGUGUAAAAAAUUUACAUAAACAUCAUAAUAUUUAUGGAAUAAUUAAUAAAAUAAUGCUAAUGAAAGACUCUUAUGAAUUAUAUUCAAAGAAUUUUCAUGACAUAAUUUUUUAUGCAGAUAUAUUUAAUUUACAAAGUAACAAUAUCUCUCUUAUUCCCAAAAACAAAAUAAUAAAAAAAAAAUUUUCUUUUUACACACAUUCUAUUAUGGGGAAUAAUGUAAAUUUUUAUAAAUUUGGAAUGGUAUACGGAUUUAUAAUAAAUAAAAAUUAUUUAAAAGAAGUUGUUGAUACACUAUUUUCAAUAUAUGAAACAAACAAAGACAUAUUUUCAGAUACUUCUUUUUUACAAACUGUUUAUUUACUUUUUAAAAAAAUUGAGAAAAGUUUUUAUUCUCAUAGAAGAAAUGAUGAUAUAAGUAUGAAUAAUAAUUUUUUUUUUAAUAUUACUUAUAAUUAUUCUAGAAUGAACAAGAAAGAUAGAGAAAAAGAAAUUAAUGCUUCAAUGGCAUCUAAGUAUUUUGCUAAAACCUUAUUUGUUUCAUUUCAAAUUAUGUUUACUAUAAAAUUAAGUAGGUAUAUGGAUGAUCUUGAUAAGAAAUAUGGUUCUCAUGAAUUAUUAGGAUUAAUGAUUAAUGAGGAUUCUUUUAUGAAUUAUUCUUACGUAUCUCAUGGAAGUAUGUUAGAUAGUUUAACAAAUAGCUUUUUACCAUAUUACACAAAAGAACCAAUAACUCAAUUAAAAUUUGGAAAAUCUUUUAUUUUAGCUAACCUUCAUAAACUGUGUGCUCUUAUAUUUUCUAUAUUGAAUUUAAAUAAUUUAAGUCUUUUACUUGAAUAUCAAGCAAUAAUUAGUUCUAGUUUUUAUGUUUCAAAAAAAUUGAAUCAAUUUAUAGAUAAAAAAAUUGAACUAAUAUGUCUAGCAUUCAUUGCUCAAAUGACUCCUGAUUAUCUAGAAUAUCUGAAAAAUUUACCUGGAUAUAUAGAAUCCGGAAAUUGGGAGACGAUUUAUGACAUAAAAAGUUUAGUAACAUAUCCAAUGUCUUUACUUCCUAUUUCAUAUGCAGGAUUAUAUGAAUUAGGUAAUAUUUAUUUGAGAAAAAAAUAUUUUUUUGCUUCUGUUCCAUCUGAUAAGUUACAACUAGAAAUAAGUAAAGAAUCAUAUUAUCCACCAUUAUAUAAUAAAAAAAAAGCUAUAACUAUUACUUUUAAAUAUUUUAUGAGAUACUUUCAUGCAACUCUUUUUUGCUGGCUUUUUUAUCAUUUUUUUGGGUGGUAUUUUUAUUUUGAUUUUGUUAUUAUAACACUUAGAAACCGUGUUCGUGUAUUUGAUAGGUAUUAUUCUAUAUUUGAGAAUAGUGUUGGAAGUUUUCUUUUACAAAAUUUUAAUAGUUUUACUAUUGAUCCCGUGCUAAAGGGGAUUAAAAAAUCAUACAUGCAUAUGAAAAAUAAGGAACGAUAUGAAGAUCUUCUUAAUUCAAGAAUUAAUAUUAAAGAAUUUAAUAAAAAAUCACAUAUAAAAAAUCUUGAAGAGCAAAUAAAUUUAUUAACACCACAAGAAGUAGCUAAAUUGUCCGAAAAUGAAAAUUUUAUUUAUAUAGAUGAUAAUUUAUAUUUUGAAGAAUUAAAUGAAAAUGAAAAGUUUUUAAAUAGAAGAAAAACUAUAUGUUUUAAAGAAAAGGAUAAAACGGAUGAAAUCAGGAAAAAUAUGUAUUCGGAAGAAAAAGUUACAGAAAAUGGAAAAGAUAAUAUAAAUGAAAUAACUUUAUUAAAGAGCACAAAAAAGAAAUUAGAAUACGAUUAUGAUGAGGAAAAUAUUUAUCCUGAGUUUUAUUGUACGGAUAUCUAA